UUGGAGAGACCCGCAACAGGGAGAGCCUGCAGGGCCUUGAAGGUCAUAAAGAAGAGUGAGGCCAUCACCUCCCUGCCUGCAAGGUCCGCCUCACACACACACACACGCACACACACACACUAUUCUUGGGGAAGUGGUAGCUUAGGAGGGACGGGGUGUUUCGAGGACAACCCAACAUGAAAUUGUGGUAAGUGACAACCUCAGGUGAGCACUUGCCAUGCUCCGAGUGCUAGUCUCAGCAGUGCACCUGAAUUGACUCCUUUACUUCUCAGGCUCAGAGGUUAAGUAACUUGCCCAAGGUCACACAGGAAGUAGUCAAAGCAGGAAUCAGACCUAGAUGUUCCAGCUCCAGAGCCCACACCCUACCACUACACCAACACAGCCUCCACUGGAGAGCCCUUGGCUGUCAGGAAGUGGCUGUUGAGACGUGGCAGAGCCUGGAGGUGAGGGCUGCUCUCUGGAAAUGGCUCUUGGGGCAUUCCCUUCUACAGUCCAAACCUGGGCAGCGGACAAAAUGCAAGCCGAACAGGAAACUGGUACUCUUGAGAGUAUUGAAGAGAUGGGCAAGAGUUAGCGAAGGGCCUCCACCUGCCACUUCUCCCCUAGGACACACUGAGACCGAGGUACAAACCACAGCCCAGAACCAUGCAGCCACGAGGUAUGUGGGCUCGAAAGGCUGCAGUUGUGGGCAAGGCCAGUGGUGGGAGACUUGCCAUAAAAACCGUUCAUGUUUGUUAUUCCAGGUUUGAUUGUGAAUCAACCACAAUGACUGUUAUUUCAUGUUAAUAACGUUCCAGAUGUAUAUGACUUGGCUCUGAAAGGUUUUGUUAACCCUCCUACCAGCACCCACAACAGAGCGAGCCGACAAAUACUUACUGAGUUACUACCCUGAACAAAGCUCUGUGCUCUCCUGCAUUUGGUAUCGCAAAGCACCCAGAUCACUGGGCUUUGUUAGAGCUCAGUGGAAGCCUUCUCACCGUCCUGCUCUUACAUCAUGUCACAUUGUGCAGUAAGUCAGAAGACGGAGUCGUACUGUCCUGUUAGGUGCUGACUAUGUGGCCAAAGAGAUCAUUAUGCGGUAUCUGGUCAAAGGCUCCCAUGCUGGAGUUUUAGUUCCUCUGAACUUCAAAUUUAAAUAAUCCAAGUUGGUAUAGCGGCUUAAUGAAAGGCACCUGUUCUGCAUAUGCUCAACCGAAUUAAAUUUUUAACUUGGGUUGGUUAGCAAGUUUCUGGAACUCUGAAGAGUAGAAUUUAAAGCCAGUCCAGCUCUGGAAAAUGGAUGUUUCACAUCCUUUCUCUGCAGUAGCUUAGACUGAAGAACCCACUCACAGCCUUGUCCCCUCACCCAAAAUAAUCGUACUCCUCACCCGACACAACCUGAAUGAAGGGGAAGGGUGGAGGCCCACGCACUCCACGCCAUAUGCUGUUCAGGCUUCCCACACGUAAUCCUCAUAACCACUCUAUGAGGUAAGCAGAGCCAUUUCCGUUUCCAAGAGAAAAGUAACUGAGACUUAGGCAGCAGAAGUCCCUAGCUCAAGGACAAGUGGCUGGACAGUGCUGUGGAGAGACUCUACCCAGGUCUGCGUCCCAACCCCACAAAGUCACUGCUGCCCCAGGACCACAUUUCCCUCAAGAAGUUGCUGCAUUGAAACCCUAUUACUAUAAAAUACUAAGGUAUCACUUCAUAGCUUUGAAGUCUCAACCAUGUAAUAACAUGUUCUUUUUAUAGAGUUUCUUUCUUUGUUGGGCUCACAAACACUAUGGAAAUUAGCCAAUUACUUCUCACGACAUUUAUUCCUCCACUAAGAGAAGGGGCAAGGCUGCGCUGUUAUUCCCACUUUAUGAUAGGAGGCAGAGGUAGAGACAGGAUGCUGUGGCUCUUCUCGGAUCAGCUGGAGAAUGAAGACAAGAACAUAAUGGCUCCCGCCUCCAGGAUGGUGCUGUUGAGUGCUGCCAGUUGGCAGUGUAGCUCACCUCCCAGCUUGCAAGUAAGCACGAGAGAGAACAUGUUUAUAAUGUUCCUGCCGUGGUGUUUGUGACACACCAUUUACCCUGCGGUUGUCCAGGGGAAAAAAAUCCCUCUUUGGGGAGUGUCGGUACAUGAACAGAGGACCAAAUCAAAACUAAGUUUUAAGGCCCUAAGCUGCUUACUGAGCUUCUCACCAGUGCCACUCGCCUGUUUAAUCAGUUGCUCCAGGACGGGUGAUAAGCAGAGUAGGCAUUAUCCCUUUUGGACAACUGCAGCUUUAAAAAAAAAAUCUAAAUCUUUACUCCCUCUUACUACAUACCACCUUUGUCAUAAAACGAAUGUUAUAACCUUCCACUGUUAUGUUACUACAAAUCCUCCUCUAAUAUCUUGAGAAAUUUUUUCUCUUCAAUAAUGUCACAUUAGCCAUGAAAAUAUACAUUUAACUCUAACCCAGCAAGCUGCUCUGCGGCCAAACUAGCCAUUUUUUUUUAAACUUCAUACAUUGUUUUAAUCAAUUUCCUCGGACCGUCCUUUGAAUUUUGUUUCUAAAAACCUCUAGGUCAGGGCUUCCCUGGUGGCGCGGUGGUUGAGUGUCCGCCUGCCGAUGCAGGGGACGCGGGUUCGUGCUCCGGUCCGGGAAGAUCCCACAUGCCGUGGAGCGGCUGGGCCCGUAAGCCAUGGCCACUGAGCCUGCGCGUCCGGAGCCUGUGCUCCGCAACGGGAGAGGUCACAACAGUGAGAGGCCCGCGUACCACAAAAACAAAAAAACAAAAAAACAAAACCUCUAGGUCAGUUUAUCCUAAAGAUAUAUUAGUUUAGCCACAUACAGAAUACCACUAACAACAACUCUGCAACACAACAAAUGUUCUGUACACAAUUUAGUACUUUCACUAAACAGCAACAUGGGCACCAUACCUGCUUCUAGGAUAACGGAUACACCAAGCAGUGGAUUUGUACCCAUCAGUGGUAGUAAAGCUGUGAAAACUACUGUUUGUGGCAGGGUUGCAAUUGUACAUUUUAUACGAACUGGUUUAGGAAGCCUCACAAGGUCAAUCCUGCCCUAUCGCCGUCUGACAUACAAGGAAAGGUGGCCUGGAGAGAUGAAGCAAUUGGCUGCAGGUAUCAGAGUCAGAAAGCGACUGAAGUCUAAUUAGUGUGGCCAUAAGAACUUGAAUUUUGGAGUCAAGCUCCAUCCCCUGGCCUCGACCACCACCCAGAUUUUCUUCAAACCUCUUGAUUUCCAGGCUUGCUCAGGGGCCCAGCCUCUUCUUCCUCCUCAACUCCCAGUUCUGAUUGCAUCAGCCUGACAACUUUCAUCUAGCUGGGUGUUGCGGUCAUGCACCUACCCUAUGAACCAGGGACCAGGCCCUGCCAUUCCCCAGCCUCGUUCGUGGAAGGCGGGAGUCACUGGCCGAUACAGGACAAAUAAGCCGAAGUCCCUGCCCUCUCAGGGAGGGAGAGUCUAGUUUUCUUUGGGUUCAAGGCAGGGUAUGAUCUGUGCUGUAAAGAGGUACAAAGUUCUGGGCGCCACUUAGGAGCAGCUUCCUAUAAGGCCUCCACACUUGUGUACCCCCUCACGUUUUGUAUUUUUAGGCGUUUCCUGAGGAACUCCCAGGGAGUAUUUGUAAAUAUUUUGAGAAGAGGUAGUUGUCCCACAAAAUGUGUAACCGGUACCCUGUGUAAAGGAAUUUUUUUAAUUUUUUUCCCUAGGAAAAAGAAGGGAAGGUCCUAGAGAGGAGAAUUUCAGAGCUGUUUAGGGCUUUAGAGAUUAUCUAGCCCAACCCCUAAAUUUUAUGGACGAAGAAACAGGCUCAAGUGAAGCAACUGGACUUUCCCAAGGUCACAAACUAAUAAGGAAAAGGGGAAGGAAAAGCUGGAGGAAGACGAGGCUGCAGCAGCCAGCACCAUGGCCGUCUCUGCCUCCCUCAUGCCACCCAUCUGGGACAAGACCAUCCCAUAUGAUGGCGAGUCUUUCCACCUGGAGUACAUGGACCUGGAUGAGUUCCUGCUGGAGAAUGGCAUCCCUGCCAGCCCCACCCACCUGGCCCAGAACCUGCUGCUGCCUGUGGCUGAGCUAGAAGGGAAGGAGUCGGCCAGCUCCUCCACGGCGUCCCCACCAUCCUCCUCCACCGCUGUCUUUCAGCCCUCGGAAACCGUGUCUAGCACAGAAUCCUCCCUGGAAAAGGAGAGGGAGACACCCAGUCCCAUCGACCCCAACUGCGUGGAGGUGGAUGUGAACUUCAAUCCCGACCCUGCCGACCUGGUCCUCUCCAGUGUGCCGGGCGGGGAGCUGUUCAACCCUCGGAAGCACAAGUUUGCAGAGGAGGACCUGAAGCCCCAGCCCAUGAUCAAAAAGGCCAAGAAGGUCUUUGUCCCCGAUGAGCAGAAGGUAACCUGGUGUAUCCACUGUAGUGAAGGACGAAAAGUACUGGACGAGACGCAAGAAGAACAACGUGGCGGCCAAGCGGUCUCGGGACGCCCGGCGCCUGAAGGAGAACCAGAUCACCAUCCGGGCGGCCUUCCUGGAGAAGGAGAACACAGCCCUGCGGACGGAGGUGGCGGAGCUGCGCAAGGAGGUGGGCAAGUGCAAGACCAUCGUGUCCAAGUACGAGACCAAGUACGGGCCCUUGUAACCCGUGCCCCCGCCCGGGCACGCUGCCUCACCUCAGACCUCUGCCUGGGACCCCUGAAACCCACCCCUGCGUGGAGACUUAUGACUCGUCGUGGGCGCAUGGCGGUGCACCUGCCCCAGGAGCCUUCACGUUCAAGCUUCAUUAUCACAUGGCCAGCACGGCGACUUCCCUGGGGGCCAGCCUCCUCCCUGGCGGGUUGCGAGAGAAUCUAUGAGGUGGUGACUCAGCCUUAGUCUCUGUUCUUGGCUGUCUCAGUUGGACCGGAAGGGGACCUUUGGAGCAUGGGCUCUUCUUUUCCAGGGUACCCAGGCUUCCCUGACUCUCCCUGCUUCUCCAGCCUGGGCCGUCCUGGCCUGUCUCUGCAGAAUGAGUCAUGAUGGCUGUCGCCCUUACAUCUUCUCAGGUAGCAGGGCGCAUUUCCAGGCAGGGAGGGUCUGUUGUCCUCCCGAGAAAGUCUUAGAGAAAAACAUCCGUUCCCAUCUUCCUCAAAGGUAAAAAGACAUGCCAGCUCCUCUGUAGUGUCCGCGUGGGUGCCAGGCCGCAGCAGCUGGGUGUCUGCACAGCCUGGGACAGGCUUUGCGUCUGGGCCUGCAACAGAAGUGCACCCAACCAUUCCUGGCUCCCUCACCCCUUUUCUCUGUGGCUCCGAGGCCUGGAAGGAGGAGGCCCUGGUGAAGGGUUCCCUCUGCGUUCCAUCCGCCGUUGGUUGGGGAGAGACUCCCAGGGUGGUGGUCUCUGAGCCUUGGUCGCCGUGCAUAUCUCCUCUUCUGCAGGUCACUUGUGGAGGCCGCCUGAGUCAAAUUUGUCCCACCAGACUGGGCCUCUGGGCCUGCUGUUUCUUUUCACCCAGUGACCAAGCUCAGAUCUUGGAUUUAAAAGAAAAAGUCUCCUCGUCUAGGAAGCUUAACUUCCUGGAGCUGGGAUGCACCUUCUGCAUGGUGUUCAGAAAACCGGUCUCCACAGCCCCUCACGCUGUAGGUGGGGAGCUGGGGCAUGUUUCUCGAGAAGCUCCCGCUCUUUCUUGCUCUGCUUUCCCGUGUGGGCCAGGCCCGAGUCCACUGUCCCUGAAAAGCAGAAGAGGGCUUCCCAGUUCUGGCUUCAGGAUCCACCCCGUGCGAGCGGCCUGGAGGGCGUCACCAGGCAGGACACCUGGUCACCUGGUCGCAGCACAACUCUUUUGGAACAGCAGGCUCUUGGGACAUUUACAUAGGCUAGAGUCCCCUCGAUCUGGGUCCCAGGAGACAGCCACCCAUGCAAGCUUGGCUGUGGUGUGGUGCGGAGGGGCCCACCUCCCAGCUGCUCCUUUCUCUUGUGUCCAGCUGGACUCGUCCUUUGGCUCUGCCCGAGAGAUUAAUUACGGAGAUCCGUGGAAGCGUCUGCUCGCUGCGGUCAGCUGGGGCACCCAGAGAUGGGUGUAUUUAUUUGCUCAGGGCAGGCAGCCUGUGGUAAGGAGGGGUCAGAGGUAAUGGGCACACUUUGUCACAUUCACCACUGGCUUUAUUUAAAGUGGUGGCUUGGAGUCCUGGGCCUUGACCCCUAAAGACUUUUCAUAACAGAUGUUAAGAGCAGGGGAAGCCAUCCACUGGCCGUGGACCACACCCCAGGGGAACGCCACAGCCCUCCAGGGACCUGCACACCCGUCUCUCCAGGGGACUUGACAAGGGUCCCUGAGGCCAAGGGAUGUCAGCGCCCUCCCUGCAGGCCCCUGACUUUUACUUUGUGGUUCUAUGAAAACCAUGUUCACACUUUUCACUCUAUUGUAACCACGACAGGGCAGUUGCAUCCGGCAUGUCAGUGUCCCGCCCAGGCACACUCCCUCUGGUCCGGCCACCCACCAAGAGGGCACUUCUCAUUUUUGUUACUGGUAGAAGAGCCACCAGCUUAAAAGCUCUUCAUUUUCUUUGGCCAGAAGUGUAUGGUUUGUGUUUUUUUCAGUUUUUUUCCCUAAGGGAUAGACAUUUAGUCUCCGGGUGGCGUCCACUUUCCGACCCCAGCGGGUGAGAUGAUGACCUGAUGUCUCUUCUCUUUGUCCCACCUUCUGCCUGGCCAGUGCCCUCCCCUUUUAUACCCCCCCGCCGCCAGCCAGUGGGUAUCUGGUUCUCUCCUUACUUGGGAAGAGUGUGGUGCUGGCUUCUUUUAGAAGAGCCCCUUUGAGCCAGGAGCCUGGCAGGGACAGGAAGGAGAUAUCCGUGGAGGUUGACAUUUUGGGGAAAAGGGUGCUCAGGUAAGCAUGUCUUCUUCCCAGGCUUAAGGAUCAAGCCCUUGCAGGAGGAGAGGGUGGUGCCUACUCAGUUUCCAUUGUGGAGUUGGGAGUCUCCUUGACUCCCCGCUGGACCCUCUCUGUCUUGGGGCUGACAGCCAAAGACUGAGGCACCUAUGCUCAGAUCUUUGACAUCCUCUAAAAAGCACUGGAGACUAGAGACGCCAAUGUCAAUGGCUUUCUAUGGGCUUGCAGUGGGCUGGGAAGUGCCAUCCCUACUUACGCACCCUGUCUUCAGCCUCAUUGCAACCUCAGAACAGACAAAUCAUGAAUGAAUGAGCUAGAAUCUUGCAAGAAUAUGCAUAUAAUAAAUGUAUAUCUAGAUAGAGAAAUAUAUAUAUUCAGAGAGAGAGAGAGAGCUUUCACAAUGGCCAGCAGCCUUGUGGAGGACCUGGGUAAUUCUUACCCUUGGCCAAAGGAAAGGGUUUGCCUGCCUGGGUCCUGAGGUUGCGGAAGGCACGUAGUAGUGAACCUUGACUCGGUAAGCAUCAUCCUGGUGAGGGGACCUGCUGUGGCCCUGGCAGGCAGCUCCUGCUUGAGGUGGGGUGGCAGGCAUGGGGGCCGGCAGAAAAGGGCCCCUUCAUGCUGUGUAGCUCUCCAUCCAGGGCCCUGGGAGCAAAGGGCUGAAAGCCCCUGUUUUUCAUGGCAAAGCCCCACCCCAGAGCUCCUUUAACAUCUGUUAAUUAAGUGCAAUAAAUUUUUCUAGAAAAUGGCAAA